AUGCCAUCCCAUCAAACAAACAAAAGCUUCCAAAAGCCUAUUCCCAACGCAUCACAAUCCAUGAAUCCAUUACCCCCAUCCAACACCGUGCAGCCUCUCAUGCACAUCCCUCCUCAGGUCACGACAUCCCCAACAUGGCUACGCCAAGCCCCACACAACCAAUCACUUCGUUUCACAAAGGUAUUCGUGCUCGUGUCUUGACUAACAAAUAUGUCUUUACUACCAACCUGCAGAAAUUGCGUAGUGUCCUGUGACAAAGCGGACGAGUAGGAAAGGAAAUGCGGCAGGGAAUUGGAUAAUAGUCAUCGCGUUGAAGGAAGGGAGAAAUGUGAAGGCGUGA